GCUCCCUGCCUCCCUCUCCGUCGUCUCCCUGAACAGCAGCGCCACCGCCACCAGAGGCAGAGGCCCCAAGGCCAAGUUUUGGCCUCCCUCUCGGCCUCUCCAAGCCCGGCAGUUUCCGUGAGGCUUGCUGCUCUUAGUUGCGCCGCGGCUGCUCCUGUGUCGUGUGAGGAUUCCGCUUCUUCUUCUCCCUUUCCCAGUAGCCAGGACUCGCGGUGAAGUUGUUGGCCUGUACUCGCUUGUGUCAUUAUGGAGACGACCACUCAAGACAAUAGGAAACGUGCAAUGGAUGCAAUUGACAGGCGAUGUGCGCUGGAGAAAGCUGAACAGCUCAAGCAACAGAGGAAGAAAGAAGUUGGACCUAAGAGGGAAAGUGGGAGAGAAGUCAGUAAGCCUUCCGAACAUCUUACCGUUGCUCGAGGGACCAAGUCCUCCCUCGUUUCAGCAAGCAAAGAUGCACAAGCGGAUGACCUAGCUUACGUGAUGCUCUCUCAUCCUGUACAUAAGAAUCUGUUGGAAGCACCCACAGAGGUUUCCAAAGAGAAGGGAACUAGAGUUGACAGGUUUAUGCACGAACUUCUCCAGAAGGGUGAUUCGGCUAAAAAGUACAUGCAGAGCUUUAGAAGCAAGAAAUUUAAUGACGUGAUUCUCCUGGAUAAUUAUGUAAAAAGACGCAGUGGGUUUGUUGGUUCUCGCUUGAGGGCUUUGCAGACCCACUCGAAGCGGUCUAAAGUACACAUGUCCAUGAAGGAACACAAAAAAUGUGGAACCUUUGACUUAUCUCAAGAUCUCUGCCAGUUUCACCAUUUUGUGCCUAUGCAUGAAAUGUGGAAAAGUUACAUGAUAGAACUCUUCAAAAGCAGGAAGGGUGAUCCAUUAGACAAGUCUCUUCUCACUGCAGAUUUACAUGGAGCUAUCAUACACGUUGCUGAUUGUAAGUGGUGCCAAAGAGGGAUUCCGUCUUCAUAUUCCAAGCUGAUUGCUGGAAAGUCACGUUAUUUGGAGAAAAACUCAUUGGAAGAGACUCAGGCUUGUGACAGGGAAGUGCUUGUUGCUGCUGUACAGGACAGGAGGCGCACGUAUAAACUAGAUUGUCUGACCACUGGAUUCUUACAAGUAGGUAGCACCUCAUACGAAUGUGGAACCUCAAGCAAGCAUCAGUUAAAUGCUGUAUACGUGGAUGGGCAUGGACUCGCAAUGACGCGGACGGACUUAUCGCUUUCGAAACUAACAUUUGGAAUCACAUUGAUCAAUCCUGUGCUUUGUACCAUUAUCUCUUGCCCAGCUAUGUUUAUUACCGAAUUUAUAGGUAUCACCGGCAACAAGCGAAGAAGAACCGAAUUUGCACUGUUCUGGGCCAGUGAGAAACUGAGUUCCGACCAUAACAAAUCUGAUUGCACGAGAUGUGCUAGCUGUGGAUAAUUAUGUUAAAUACUCACAUUUUUCAUGCCGUGGUCGGUCUCGAUUUUAUAUAUACAAACAAGAGUAUUUAAUCGA